GAGGUUCGUUCUGCAAACAAUGUCUUUGAAGGUUGCUGCCGCCUAUUGCAUGGCCUAUGUGGCCGGUCAGGAGUCUCCUAGUGAGGCUGAUGUUAAGAAGAUUCUCGAGUCCGUGAGUGCCCCCAUCGAGGAGGAGCAGAUCAAGUCCCUCGUUAGCCAGCUUGAUGGUAAAGACAUCGCCGCUCUUAUUAAGGACGGCAAGGAGAAGCUCUCUUCUUGUGCUGGUGCCGCUCCCGCUGCUGCUGGCGCUUCUUCUGGUGCUGCCGCUGCUGCCACCGAGGAGGAGGCCGCUGCUUCUGUCGAGGAAGAGGAGGAAGAGGAAGAGGACAUGGGCUUCGACCUCUUCGAUUAAGUUUCUUCUAACUAGUCCAUUGUCGGCACUAGACGGAGUAGCUUGCAGGAACGG